CAGCGUAUUUGUAUUUUUUGUUUACUUCUUUACUAUUUAAGUUAAUUCUAUUCAAUAUUGUUUAUUUUUAUGUUUACUGUAAGAAGUGGUAUAUAUAACACUAUGUAUACUGUAGCGUCACUGGACGGUGAUAUUUACAACCAUGAAUAUUUCUUGUUGGAAGACGUGUGCCGUCUCUGUUGGAAAAGGAAUGCCACUCAAGAAUUAUCGUGUAAAAGUGAGGACAAUGAAACAGAAUACAGUAUUCCACUAUUUGAUCAAAUACGAGACUGUCUGGACAUCAUUUUAACUCACGAAUGCCGGCCCAACAAAGUUUGUACAGGUUGCAGAGACGAGGUGAAACGGUUUUACGAAUUCAAGAAAUUCUGUCUAGAAACUGACAAAAAACUUCGGGAAAUAUUACAGAAUUAUGUUGAAAUUGCCGAAAAGUCAUCUAACAACAGCGAAUGUUACAUAAAAGUAGAGAAUGAGCUCCCUACAGGGUUAGAUCAAGACGAAUCUUUUGACGACUUUCUAGAGUCACUCCAGCAGUCAGACUCGAGUGAAAACAUAAAUAAACAAAAGAAGGUUAAGUUAAAAAAGACUUACAAAUCUAAAAGAUCACCUACUUACUGUAACAUCUGCAGAUUAGACUUCAAAACUGUAGAGCAGUUUUCUCUUCACAAUUCUCAGAACCACGGAAUAGAAGGAAAUUUUUACAAGUGUUUUGGUUGUGAGAAACGCUUUAAAAGCCGUAAGACUCGAAUUGGACAUGAAAUAAACUUCUGUAAAGGUUUAAAAGAUGGGUACAGAUGUACGCUGUGUGACCGAUGCCUUCCGAAGAGAAGGACGUAUGAAGCCCACAUGAGGGACCAUAGAGAAAAUGUGGCUAUAGAGUUGCCAGAGGAGUUAUUUAAGUGUAAAAAGUGUUGCAUCUCAUUUAAGACCAGAGAAGGCCUGAAGGAGCAUGUUGCAGAACAUGAGACGGCAAAGAAAUAUGUUUGUGAAAGUUGCGGACGCGUGUUCACCCGACAAGAUUACCUCCACAAACACAAGCUCACACACACAGGCACUAAGCAGCAUGUGUGUCCACACUGCGGCUUCCGGUCUACACAGCGAUCUUCACUCAUUGUCCACAUAAGGAAACACACAGGCGAGCGCCCGUACAGUUGCGACAUGUGCCCGCAGCGCUGCAUCUCCAGCUCCAACUUGCGCGCGCACCGCCGCCGUCAUCUCGGACUUAAGAAGUUCCAGUGCACAAUAUGUGACAAGAAAUUCGGCUACAAAGUGAGCCUUGAAGAGCACAUAGAGUCCUCCCACCACCGCUCGCAAACCCACCCCUGCCCGCAUUGCGGGGCCCACUACUCUCGAAAGCGGGGCUUGAAGCGACAUCUGACGGCGAAGCACUGCGAGAAUGAACCUAGUGACGAGGGCGAUAAGGUCGAUAGUUUGUUGAAGGUGUUGUAGUUACGCUACUUGGUCAUAGAUGGAACUAAUAUCUUUCACAAACACCCCUGUCCGCAUUGCGGGGCUCACUACUCCCGCAAGCGGGGCUUGAAGCGACAUCUGACGGCGAAGCACUGCGAGAAUGAACCUAGUGACGAGGGCGAUAAGGUCGAUAGUUUGUUGAAGGUAUUGUAGUUACGCUACUUGGUCAUAGAUGGCACCACUAUCUUUCACAAACACCCCUGUCCGCAUUGCGGGGCCCACUACUUAAUGCUUAAACUCAGUUGUGUUGCUACUCAGCAAUAGAUGGCGCCACCGUAUAUUAAUUGUAAAAAGACUUUUAAAUAAAUAGCUGAUUAGCUAAUGAGAUUAUAUACUAUUGUUAUAUUGACUGAUACUAUAAACGUUCAUAUUAUGUGCGAGAAAGGGAAUGCCUAAUAUUUUUAAUUAUUAUUGAUUGUAAUUUCCUCGAGAAGAUAUUCAAAUUCUCCAUUUCGCUUAUUUUUUUUAUUCUAGAAAUUAUUUAUGGAAAGGAGUUAUGAUUAAAUGAAUAAAGACAUUUUUUAAUUUA